AGAGGAUGAUGAUAAGCAAAGAAGUAACCGCCUCACAACUCUCUCUCUUUCUGCUCAUGGCGACGACGACUACAAUAAUCAACCCAACAAUUCUCUCGUACAGGCGAAACUCAGGAAUCUCAUUUACUGAAAAGAUACUACCAAUCUCUUCUGCUCGCAAUGACUUACAUAACAGACUGUUUUCUUCGCCGCCGCGACCGACUUUGUCUGCGAAUUGCAGUGGCGGAGCUUCAGCUGAAGGAGAAGUAGUAGGCGGCGGCGGCGGUCUGAAGGUGGCUUUAUCGGGAUUGGUGAACCAGGAGGUGGAGGAGUUGCUUAAGAAAGAAGAGAAUAAGGAGCUGCUUGAUGGGUUGGAGAAAGCCACCUUAAGAGUUGAAAUUGCAAAGAGAGAGCUCGCGGAGAUCGAAAAGCAAGAGAUUGAGGCCAGAGAGUUGAGAGAUUACGUUAAUCAGCUUGAAAACAGAACUAUGGAGAUUGCAGAGUGCCAGAGGGAACUAUUAGAAGCCAGAUCAAUGGUGGAAGAAGCAGAGCGCUCGCUAAAUAUAGGUGGAACCGAGAUAAAUGGUGACAGAAACGAAGAAAGGAAGGAAUCUGUUAAAGCCGCACUAAUUUCUGCAUCCAUUGGUAGCCUAGUUAGCCUUCCCAUUUCCUUGGCUCAGGUCAAUGACAUCUCUCAACUAAUUCUACCAUUUGGCAUAACCUUUGUGAGUUGUGCGCUAUUUGGAGUGACAUUUCGAUAUGCUAUAAGAAGAGACUUGGAUAACUUUCAGCUCAAAACAGGGACUGCUGCAGCAUUCGGCUUUGUCAAAGGUCUUGCCAUGUUAGAGAGCGGACCACCAUUGGAACUGGAUCCCGGAAGCUUGACAUCACAUGCUUUCAGUGGUGCAGUUCUUGUUUCUCAGAGCCUGUUGAUAUUCUUUUUUGCUGCGGUUGGGCUGGAUUUCUUCAUCAAGUUGGGGUUUUUAAGUCCUUACCCCAUGGGAAACCAUCCUUCAGACGCAAAUGUGAGGUGAUUUUCUUGAUUUUGGAAGAAAUAUCUGUUGAUAUAUCAAAAUCAAAUAUUAGAGCUGUUUACAGAAACUGAAAACCAUAUUAUUUUAACCAACACCGAUGCCCAUGAAAGGUAACACAAUUAUUAUUGAAUCUUUUAUUCCAAAGGGUUAAUGUUGGUUUUAUUGGCAACCUGUGUAUCUCCAAUUGAUUAACUAAGUACGAAAAGAAGGUGUAAUUUGAUUUAUUAUUAUU